UUGGGUCGGGGAGAGACGUUUUACAAGGUUAUUUGAACUUAUUUCAACAAAUCCAGGCCUGUAGGACAACCAAUUAUGCAUCUUUUUCAGGUCGUGGCGUCUCAGCAACAUUCAGUUCAUUGCGUCGAAGACAAUUUGUUAUGUAACACAUUGUUCAGCGUAUAACAUUUUGGACCGAACACUACGAUGAAAACUAGUUAAAAACAGACUAUAAACUCACUAAAGCCAGUGAAAACUGAAAAGAUAAGGUACUUCUUUUUCACUUAUAUUCUAGCGACGUAAUACGUUAUAUCACGACACAUUCCGAGUCCCGACGAGUCGACGACAUUAGCAUGCAGGAAGUUUAUUUCGAAGUUAUUGGAAUGGAGGUGAUAUAAAUUAUAAAGUUCUCAUCAAAAUAGAUUGUUGGCUAAUACCUAAUUUUCUGUGAUAAAUCUACUUAAAUAUGGCUAAAGAAGAUACACAGCAGAAUCGUUAUGGCUAUCAAGAAACACUGAUGUAUGGCACCCAUACAACACAGGAAUUACAAGAAUAUGCCAAAAGUUUUGCAGCAGAGUUACGUAAUCAAAGUACUUCUCAAGAUGAAGCAGUAACUGAACCAAGUGAAGAUAAUUUUCAAUCAUACAGUCCUUCACGAUGGGGGAAAAUGAUAAGGCAAUGUAAAAGAAUUUUGAAGCCAGUUCAAGAAAAAUUCGACAGUGACUGGUUAUUUUUAUUGAUUUUGGGAAUUAUAGUUGCUCUCAUUAGUUUUGGCUUGGAUUUCUCAAUUGACAAAUGUCAACAAGCUCAUUUGUGGCUAUAUUCCCAUGCAACAGACAAUAUUUUUGGUCAAUAUUUGAUCUGGGUUCUCUUCCCAGUUUGUUUGAUUUUUUUCUCUGUUGGUUUCACACAUCUUGUUUCCCCUCAUGCUAUUGGUUCUGGCAUUCCUGAGAUGAAGACUAUUUUACGUGGUACAAUUUUGAAGCGUUAUCUGUCGAUACCAACAUUGAUUGCCAAAGUGGUUGGUCUGACAGCUUCACUUGGUAGUGGUAUCCCAAUAGGAAAAGAGGGUCCUUUCGUUCAUAUUGCCUGUAUUGUUGCAAGAGCACUUGGAAAAUUUGUUACCUCAUUUCAAGGAAUAUUUAUGAAUGAAUCUCGUAAUACGGAAAUUCUUGCUGCAGCUUGUGCUCUGGGUGUUUCAAGUUGCUUUGCUUCACCAAUUGGAGGAGUAUUGUUCAGUAUUGAAGUAACAAGUACAUAUUUUGCUGUGAGGAAUUACUGGCGUGGUUUCUUUGCUGCCGUUUGUGGUGCUUUUAUGUUUAGUCUUCUCUCAGUGUGGGACAAUGAUGAAGACACCAUAACUGCGCUCUUCAAGACAAACUUUAGGAUCGAUUUUCCAUUUGAUACGGAGGAGUUUAUUGCGUUUUCUCUGAUUGGGGUUGUCUGUGGAUUUGGUGGAGCUCUUUUUGUGUAUACACACAGGAAGAUUGUGGAUGUAAGACGACAUCAUCGUGAGAACGUCAUAUCAAGAUUUCUUGAGAAAAGUCGAUUUUUGUAUCCUGUGAUUGUCACUCUUCUGGUAUCAACGCUGAUGUUUCCAAAAGGACCUGGAAAGCUUGUAGCUGGGGAGUUGACACAAAAGGAAGCUAUUGAAGAACUCUUCUCAAAUACGACGUGGUCACUUGGUGAUAGUGAAGACUCGGACGUUCCUAAAGAGACGUUGAAACAUUGGAACGGAGCAUUCGGGAAUAUUUACGUCACUUUAGUUUUCUUUAUUGUCAUUAAGUUUAUCAUGACAGCCAUUGCCAUCACUCUGCCAGUUCCAGCAGGAAUAUUCUUUCCUGUUUUUGUCAUCGGUGCUGCGUUUGGUCGUCUUGUUGGUGAAGCUAUGGCGACAUGGUUUCCUGAAGGUAUCCAUGACAACGGACCUCAAGAUGUCGCUAGUAAAAUAUUACCAGGAGGCUAUGCGGUUGUUGGUGCGGCUGCAAUGUCUGGUGCUGUCACUCAUACCAUAUCUGUCUCUGUUAUUGUGUUUGAACUAACUGGGCAGAUUGCACAUAUAUUACCUGUCAUGGUCGCUGUUUUGAUUGCUAAUGGAAUAGCCCAGUGGUUGCAGCCUUCAAUUUACGACAGUAUAAUACAAAUAAAGAAAUUACCUUACCUUCCAGAGAUUACAAACUCCAGACUUUACAAAGUGACUGUGGCGAAUAUUAUGAAAACAGACUUGCAGUUUAUAACGAGGAGGUCGACAUAUCGAGAUCUGAAAGAGUUGUUAGAAAAGUCAAAAUUAACGUCAUUUCCACUGGUUGACACCAAAGAGACAAUGACUCUUCUCGGCUCCAUCCGCCGUCCUCAACUACAAAUGUUACUAACUCGAUAUCUGAGCAACACCAGACACAGUGGAAGUCGAGCAGAAAGUGAAGCAAGCUCACCACGGUCAACAUCACCAACUCCUCUUCUUCCUGAGCGCAGGAGAGAUGAUGACGAUCGUGCUCUAUCAGAUAGUGAAAUUGAGGUGAAUUUACGUGAUUCAACAAUGCCAACAUCAUCAAGCAAGGGUUCUCUCUUUGAAAAACUUCCAGGUUCACAACAACUUCAACGUUUAUUCUCAGGAAGUGGUUCUACCAUAGACUCUGAGGGGCGAUCUGGAAGUCCUAGCUCCCAAAGAGAACCUAUUUCACCUGAACAGUAUUUACAAUGGGAAAACGAAGUACUAGACAAAGAGGUUGACUAUGACUUAUGUCAAAUUGAUCCAGCUCCAUUCCAACUUGUAGAAAGAACAUCACUACUUAAGGUGCACAAAUUGUUUGCUUUGUUAAAUCUCUCUCAUGCCUAUGUCACAUCACUUGGUCGGCUUGUUGGAGUGGUUGCUCUUACUGAGGUUCGGCAAACUGUUGAAGGACACGAGACACAUGAGGAAAUGCAUCGAAAUCAUCAUGCAGUUUCAUAACUUCAUAAGGCAGAUAUUACCA